GGUACCGUAGUAGCUCCCUCCUCAGUUGUCAUUCUCUUUCAACAAAUGCGAUGGGUAUACCACGAUGAUCCACUCGUGCUGUUAUUAAUCUACUUUAUCCUAAUGUUUAUGUUUGUAGAAUGUCCUUGUCAAAUCACACAUACAGAGUAAUUAAACUACCAGGUGCCAGUGAAUUGAUGGGAUACCCCAAUAACCAGCAUCUCGGGAGAUCGUUGAGAGGGGUGUAUUAUGCAAUACUUGAUGACCGAAAUCGACUUCAGGUUUGGUAUCUCAGUGAAUCAUGCGGUCGAAUAGAAUGGAUAUUAAAACAUGAUACAUGUCUUAAGACCUUUGAACAUGAUGACUAUGCUCAACAAGUGGGCAGACAAUGGAUCUUACAAGAUGUUAACUACCGUAAGUGGUGCUCUGAAGAUCCCGAGAAUCACAAAGCGACCAUGGAAGAGAAAUAUGAUUGGAACUCUGAUGAGGAUAACGUUAUUGACACUGAAAACGUCGUUGAAGAGGCUGAAGACGUCGAUGAAGAUUAUUUCCUCCUUGGGUUUCAUCCUUACAAGGAGGUUGUCUUCUUGAUUUCAUCUGCAAUAACAACCAGAGGACUGGCCUAUGACUGGAGUAUCUCAAAAUUUCAGGACCUGGGCAGUUCAAGGCCAUGGAUGGGAGCAGUUUACGAUGAACCACCAUAUGGAAAGACAGACGCAUCUUUCCCGUACACGCCUUGCUGGAUGGGCGAGUUUCCUGGAAAUGAAUUAGAAUCUCUAUUUGAAGACGAGAAGCUAUAUAGGGAAAAGUUGGAACAAGAAGCUCAACUUAAGGACGAAUCCAACUGUACCUACAUGGGCGAGUAUGAGCUGCGCAAGCACUGCGGGCGCGCCAAGAGGGUGAAGGACUCUGCCGCCAAGGUUCGUCGCAAACGCCACAUCGCGGCUCGGCAGGAACCCACGGUCACCAUCAUGAACUGCAAGGCGAUUCUCACCGGGGAAACAAAGUUCAACCUUGGCAAGGCCACCAUAUAGCUAGUCACUGCCAUCGUUGGAUCCUACCUACUUGAUUAGUUUCCUGGAAACAAAGAUGAGUAGGUACUUGCAAAUCAGAUGCCCUAAUCGUUCGCCAGGUUCAUUUAUUAUGCCUUACUUAUCUAUUUAUGCUCAGCGUCGGAGCCUUGUCUUGGUACUCUGCACAAUUCGGUUUGCCUUAUAGACUAUGUGACUUUGUUAUUCCCGUCUAUGUGACUUUAUCAUUCCCAAUUUUUUAUUUUUUUUGAAACAAGGCAAAGAAA